UCAGUCCCGCCCUUUUCCGCUGUGCUUUCCCUCCGACUCUCUCUCUCUCUCUCUCUCUCUUCCCUCCUCCCUCUAUCUCUUUCUCUCCUCUGGUGCAUGAGUAGAAAGAGAAGUAGCGAAGAUGAGUACGGUGGACAAGAUGCUAAUAAAGGGAAUCCGGAGCUUCGACCCGGAGAACAAGCACGUCAUCACCUUCUUCAAGCCCUUAACCCUAAUCGUCGGCCCCAACGGCGCCGGCAAAACCACCAUCAUCGAGUGCUUGAAGCUCUCCUGCUCCGGCGAGUUGCCUCCCAACGCUCGCUCCGGCCACAGCUUCGUCCACGACCCUAAGGUCGCCGGUGAAACUGAGACCAAAGCCCAGAUUAAGCUCCGCUUCAGGACCGCCGCCGGCAAAGAUGUGGUGUGCAUUAGGUCGUUUCAGCUCACGCAGAAAGCCUCGAAAAUGGAGUUCAAGGCCAUCGACAGCGUCCUUCAGACCAUUAAUCCCCACACUGGAGAGAAAGUUUGCCUUAGUUAUCGAUGUGCCGAUAUGGAUAGGGAAAUCCCUGCUUUAAUGGGUGUAUCAAAGGCUAUCUUGGAAAAUGUUAUAUUUGUGCACCAAGAUGAAGCCAAUUGGCCUUUGCAGGAUCCUUCAACAUUGAAGAAGAAGUUUGAUGAUAUCUUCUCUGCUACCCGAUAUACUAAGGCAUUGGAGGUAAUUAAAAAACUUCACAAGGAUCAAGCUCAAGAGAUAAAGACCUACAAGCUACAGUUGGAGAAUCUUCAAACCAAAAAAGAUAUUGCAUAUAAGCUUCGCGAGCAAAUUUCUCAAGCUCAAGAAAAAACAAAUAUUUUGAAAAGCGAGAUGCAGGGGUUGGAGGGAAUGAUCCAAGAUGUGAAUACUAAAAUUCAGUAUACUGACACGAAACUAAAGGAUUUGAAGAAGCUGGAGGACCAGAUAUCACAGAAAAGUGCUGUGAGAAGCACCCUGGUUAACGAGCGGGAGGAGAAGCACAAAGCUCUUGAAGAGGAGAACGAAGACACUGACGAAGAAUUGAAGGAAUGGAAAACCAAGUUUGAAGAAAAGAUUGCGCUUUUGGAAACUAAAAUCAGGAAGCUGGAGAGGGAAGAGAAUGACGCAGAGAGCAAAAUUACUUUCCUUGAAAAAACGCUAAAGGCAUCUAUAUGGGAGAUUAGCAAGCUCGAAAACGAAGCUGAAGUUCAUUUGUGCUCAAAGAAUGAGAGAGAUUCUGUCAUUCAAAAACUCUUUUCAAGGCACAAUUUGGGUGCUCUUCCAAAUCCUCCCUUCAGCAAUGAAGUUGCACUGAACCUCACCAAUCGAAUAAAAUCAAGAUUGUUGGAUCUAGAAAAGGAUUUGCAAGAUAAGAAGAGGUCAAAUGAAAAAGAACUUGAGACAACAUGGGACUGCUACAAUGAUGCAAAAGACCAUUGGAAGUCUAUUGAGGCUCAGAAAGAAGCUAAAGAAGAAAUAAGGAAUGGCCUUCUGAAGCGCAUAGAGGAAAAAAAGAAUGAGCGUGAUUCUUUAGAACUUGAAGUUUCAAAUGUUGAUCUCUCUCACAUUGAUGAAAAAGAAAAGAAUAUGCAUAUUGAGUUUGAGAGAAAGACAAACCAGUAUGCUGAAAGGGAAUUUGAAUCAACAAUACGCCAAAAGGAUAAUGAGAUGUUUAGCAUUGAGCAAAUGAUUACAGUUGCUAAGAAAGAGAAAGCUGCCAUGGCUGUUGAUAUGGAGGACAGAACAAAACUGUCUAUGAAGAAGAAUGAUUUGGAGAAUCGUAAAAGGCAACAUAGAAAGAUUAUUAAUGAAAACAGGGAGAGAGUUAGAGGAGUGCUAAAAGGGAGGUUUCCUCCAGAGAAGGAUUUGAGAGGCGAAAUCAGUCAAGUCUUGAGUGCUGUUACCAUGGAGUUUGAUGACUUGAGCACCAAAUCUCGUGAAGCGGAGAAUGAGGUGAAUAUGUUGCAGACAAGAAUACAAGAAAUUAACAAUAACAUCUACAAGCAUCGGAAAGAUAUGGACUCAAAGAGGAGAUAUAUUGAGUCUAAACUUCAGGCCUUAGAUCAGCAAUCUUUUACUGUUGAUUACUAUCCUACAGUCUUGGAUUCAGCCAAGGAGAAAAGAGAUGUCGAGAAAAGGAAAUACAAUUUUGCUGAUGGUAUGCGACAAAUGUUUGAUCCAUUUGAAAGAGUUGCCCGUGCCAAUCAUAUUUGCCCUUGCUGUGAACGACCUUUUUCUCUACAAGAGGAAGACGAAUUUGUUAAAAAGCAAAGAAUGAAUGCUGCAAGUUCUGCUGAGAAAUUAAAAGUGCUGGCUGCAGAGUCCUCGACUGCUGACUCUUUUUUUCAGCAAUUGGACAGGCUUCGCAUGGUUUAUGAAGAAUAUGUUAACAUUGGGAAGGAGAGAAUCCCCAAUGCAGAGAGAGAACUGGAUGACCUUACUCAAGAGAUGGAACAAAAGUCUCAGGCCCUUGAUGAUGUGUUAGCUGUUUCGGCUCAAGUAAAGGCUGAAAAGGACUCGAUUCAGGCCCUGAUGGAACCCAUUGAAAAUGCUGACAGACUAUUUCAAGAUAUACAAAGAGAACAGAAGCUAGUUGAUGAGCUGGCACAUAAACUUGAACAAGGACAUGGUUCGAGAUCUAUGCAAGAUAUUGAGUCGGAGCUGGAUAAUCUGCUUGAGACAAAGGAUAAUUUGCAUAGAGAAGUAAUGAAGUUGAGAAGCGAACAAAUGGACCUGCAAGAUGAUUUGAGCACGGUCAAAACUCGGUGGCACAACGUAAGGGAAGAGAAAAUCAAAGCAGCUAAUUUAUUGUCCGAUGUCAAAAGGGCAGAAGAAGAGUUGGAGCGUUUGACCGAAGAAAAGAAUCGAGUUGAUCUUGAUGAAAAGCUUUUGGCAGAGUCUCUUCGCCCUUUAUCGAAGGAGAAAGAUAAAUUACUUGGCUACCACAAUGACUUAAAAGUUAAACUUAAUCGCGAAUAUGAUGAGCAAGCUGAACGAAAAAGAGAAUACGAGCAGGAAGUUGAGGCAUUAAAUAUGAUUAAUUCGAAAAUUAAAGAGUAUAAUGAUUCAAAGAAAGGUGAGAAGUUGCAGGAAAUCCAAGAAAAGCAACAUCUGCUUGAAUCUCAACUUCAAAGUUGUAAAACUAGAAAGAAGGAAAUCUUAGCUGAGUUGAACAAAAGCAAAGAUUUAAGAGCGAAUCAAGAUCAGGUAAGACGAAAUAUUGAGGAUAAUUUGAGUUACAGGAAAACGAAAGCUGAAGUAGAGGAACUUACCUGUGAGCUUGAGUCACUGGAAGACAAAAUGCUGAAGAUUGGUCGGAAGCCCAAAGUUCAAGCUGAACUUGAAAAGCUCUCUCAUGAGAGGGAGGAGUUUCUGAAAAGGUUAAACCAGAAUGAUGGGAUCAUUUCUGCUCACCAGAGCGAAAUUUCAAAGCAUAAAAUUGAUCUCAAAAACCCAGAUUACAAGGACAUUGACAAGCGGUACUUUGAUCAGCUAAUCCAGCUAAAGACAACUGAGAUGGCAAACAAGGACCUGGACAGAUACUACAAUGCGCUUGACAAAGCAUUAAUGCGCUUCCACAGCAUGAAGAUGGAGGAAAUAAAUAAAAUUAUAAGAGAGUUGUGGCAGCAAACAUACAGAGGACAAGAUAUAGACUACAUCUGUAUACACUCAGAUUCUGAUGGUGCUGGGACUCGUUCUUACAGUUACAAGGUUCUCAUGCAGACUGGUGAUACAGAGCUUGAAAUGAGAGGAAGGUGUAGUGCUGGUCAGAAGGUCCUUGCCUCCCUCAUCAUAAGAUUGGCUUUGGCUGAAACUUUCUGCCUCAACUGCGGAAUACUAGCACUGGAUGAACCAACUACAAACUUGGAUGGCCCGAAUGCUGAUAGUCUUGCCGCUGCUCUCCAUAGAAUUAUGGAGGACCGGAAGGGCCAGGAGAACUUUCAGCUGAUAGUAAUUACCCAUGAUGAGCGUUUCGCUCAACUAAUUGGCCAGCGCCAGCAUGCAGAAAAAUAUUAUCGGGUGGCGAAGGAUGAUCACCAGCAUAGCAUAAUCGAAGCCCAGGAGAUCUUUGAUUGAAGCUUCCUAAACGCGUAGUAUAUACUGUCCUCGAGUCUCCUCGAGUCUUAUGCAGCUUGAAAUGAAGCAGCACGUUGAAAACUCCGAACGAGAGAUUCGCAAGCCCGAAAGUUACGAAACCUUAUAAAUUUGUAAAAUAAUGGAAAUAUGUAGUUAGGUAGAAAAUUGAAUAGACAUCUGGGUUUAAUUUAAGUACUUUGCCAUCUCGACACAGUCGGGAUUAUUACUGUACUUGCAGUUCACCUCAUUUUUCAGUUGAUGUCUUCUAUCAUUUCUUUAUAAACCCAUAAGAAAGCCUCUUUUGGUUA